AUGUCCAAAGGGUGCAAUUCAUCUACUGAAGCUUAUAUUGUGAGCCAUAACUUGAUCCUAUCUCAUGCUACUGCUGUUAAGCUCUAUAGGGAGAAGUUUCAGGUGACUAAACAAGGUGGACAAAUUGGAUGGUGUCUUGAAGGUCAGUAUCAGUACAUUGAGCCUUAUUCAGAUACAUCAGAAGACAAAACUGCAGCAAGAAGAAUUUUAGACUUUGAACUUGGAUGGUUAGCACAACAGUAUACGUACGGAGAUUAUCCGAAGGUUAUGAGACAUUUGGUCAAGGAAAGGCUACCCUGUUUCACCGAAGAAGAGAAAAGCUUAGUCAAGGGUUCCUUCGAUUUCAUUGGUAUCAACUAUUAUACCACAAGAUAUGGUAAAAACGAUCCAGCGAGUCAAGCUAACGACGAUUUAGCUACAUCAAGUGAAACAAAUGCAAAUGGAGUCUUAAUCGGUCCUCCUGCUGAAGGAAGCGUCUACAUCUUCUCAUAUCCACAAGGUCUUCAAAAGCUUUAG